AUGGCAGACGACACAACACCUACGAAGAGCGCUACACUCGAUCCGAGCGCGCCAGUAUUCACAAUGCCGCCUGAAAAGACAGACUCACAACCUCUCACGAACGGCACGAAGAAGCCCGAACCCUCACAGAACAACGCCGGCGGUCCAGCCACGACUACGAAGGCGUCCGCGCCCGACACAGCGUCAGACGGCAAGCUGACACCGGCACAGCUGAAGAAGAAGAAGGCAGAGGAGAAAGCAGCCCGUCGCGCCGAAAAGGUAGCCGCGAAAGGACCCAGCGACACUGCAGGACCUGCAGGACCAGCACAACCCACCGCACAACCCGCCCCACCAGUAUCCAGCAAUUCACAGCAGCGACGGCCUUCGGUUGGUUCAAAACAGAACAGCACCGAGCCAUCCUCGUCCCAAUCCCACCACAGACGUACAGCGUCCUCGACAGGCCGACCCCUCCCCAUCCGACAAGCAGCAGCCGCUGCGCCAACAGCCGCCACAUUCCAACCACCCAAAGAUGAGAAGCGCCUAAACAUGGUCUCCCACCUCCGCACCAGCGAAGAACGCCUCACCCUCUCCUCCGCCAACCGCGAAAUCCACCCCGCCAUCCUCUCCCUCGCCCUACAACUCCGCGACUAUGUCAUCUGCGGCGCCAACGCACGCUGCAUCGCCCUCCUCCUUGCCUUCAAGAAAGUCAUCUCCUCCUACACCACUCCGUCGAGAGAAGCGCUCUCCCGGCACUUGUUGACCCACCUGGGCCACCAAAUCAGCUACAUCAAUCACGCCCGCCAGCUCGGUGUCAGUCAGGGCAAUGCGAUCCGCUGGCUGAAGAAGUUGGUGAGCACGAUUGACGUGGGUAUUGAAGACCGUGAUGCUAGGGAGUUUUUGUGUGGUGCGAUCGAUCAAUAUAUUCGCGAGAAGAUCACGCUGGCGGACGAGGUGAUCGCGAGAGAUGCGAGUCAGAGGAUUGAGGAUGGGGAUGUGGUGCUCACGUACGGGAAGAGCAGUGUGGUGGAGCGGACGUUGCUGGAGGCGUAUUCUAAGAGGGGAAAGCGGUUUAGUGUCAUCGUGGCGGACUCACGGCCGAUGUUUGAAGGGAAGAACUUGGCACGCUCGCUCAUACGAGCGGGGAUCAAGGUGUCGUACUGUCUGCUCAGCUCGCUGGGAGACGUUGUGGAGCAAGCAACGAAAUGCAUGUUGGGCGCGGCGGCGAUGUUGGGGAACGGGAGGUUGAGUGCAAGGGCAGGUACGGCGCUGGUGGCGAUGAUGGUCAAAGAGAGCAGCAGCAACAGCAGCGACGGUGGUAUUAGCAGAGGGAAAGUACCGGUCAUGGUCCUGGCGGAGUCACACAAAUUCACGAGCAAAGUCGCGCUGGACAGCAUCAUGCUCAAUGAGCUGGGUCAUCCUGAUGCGUUGAUCGAGGGCAAGCCGUCGACGAGUGCCACAGCUGUGCCAACCGGUCCUGAGAAGGAGUCGAAGGGUGGGAAGGGCAAAAAGGGAGGAAGCUCGAAAGAGGAACCGGAGGUGGAAGAGAAGGAGAAGCGUGGGCUGGAUGACUGGAGGGAGAAGGAUGGGUUGUAUUUGCUGAAUCUGAUGUACGAUGUCACGCCGGCGGACUAUCUGGAUGUGGUGAUCAGUGAGUUGGGCUCUUUGCCGCCGAGUGCGGUGAUGGGUGUUAUCAGAGUUGGUGGUGGGGAGGAGUAUGUCGAGUCGUCGUGA